UGCUGAUAAAAUUAUUGCUAAUUUAAUGAGUACAGAGAAACCUAUUGUAUAAACUGAUGAUUGGUUUUUUGAGCAUUAAAAAUGUUUUCACGAAAUGAUACCUGUAAUCUUUUAAUUGUUAGUAAACGAACACAUAAAUAGCAAAUUUUAUCCAAUGUAAAUUUCAGUUUAUGUCAGUUUAUUUUCUGCAUAAGAUCAAGUGCUUGUGACAACACAUUCAACGUUGUGUUAUAAGGAGUAAAUAAAGUCUUCAAAGUUGCUUCCAAUUAAAGUGAUCAAAAUGGCCAAAAUUACUUGCAAAGAGGUUUGGGAACUUGUUAAACUUUUGAGAAUCGAUGUUUUUUACUUUUUGAUAAAUCUAUGUACUUCAUUACCUGAUGUAACUGGAAAUCAACUGAUGCAGGAUAAAUAUUGUAUCAACAAAUAUAAAAUCAAUGAAAGUGUCUGUUUAAAUAUGGAAACUGCUGGACCUGAAUAUGAUACAGUCAAGAAUGAUAUAUUGAGAGACACAACAACACUUAAAAAUCAUGUCUCUCUAAUGACAACAAUACCAUCGAUUAUUUUAUCACUAAUUUUGGGUUAUUGGAUUGAUAAAUAUCCUGGUCAUCUAAGGUAUCUUUUUGGUUUAGCAUCUUUAGCAAACAUCUUUCAAUUCAUCAUGAUUAUUUAUCAAUGUUUACACUUUGAAAUGGGUGCUGACUUAUUAUUAUGGCCAGGUUUGGCUACAGUUUUAACUGGAAGCGGGAUCAUUAUCUCAGUAGGAACCUUUACUUAUGCGACAAGAAAGACACCAGCCAAGUUUCGAGCUGUUAGGUUUAUGAUUCUCGAAAUUUGCAUGUUUGGAACUAUGGGUAUUUCAAGUUCCUUGGGAGGAAGUAUACUUUCAACUAAACCAUGGUUUCCCAAUCAGCAUCGUAAUUAUAUCGGAGCUUAUAUGGUUUCAUCGGUAAUCGCGGCUAUUGCGGCAGUUUGGGUUAUGUUGAUGCUAUAUGACGCUGCUGACGAUGAGGUUAAAACAGAUGAAUCUCACCUAUUUAGUGAUGCUUCAAACGCUGAAAAUAAUGAAACCAAAAAGAAAACAGUGAAACAAAUAAUUUAUGAUAUAAUAAAACCAGAUAAUAUCCUUCAUGCAAGUCGCACAGUUUUCAAAAGAAGACCAAAUAAUGCUCAUUGGUACUUAAUAUCAUCAGUAUUUAUUGGAUUUAUAUCAACAGUUUGUUUUACUGGUCAGCAGGUUAUAAGCUUCCAGUUCAGCCAAAAAGUAUAUCAUUGGAGUGCUGAACAGAUUGGAUAUUACAACACGAUUUUCGCUUUCCCCACUGCUUUGGGUGCACUUAUUGGCCCUCCACUAUUCAUUCAUAAAAUGAACUUUCAUGAUAGUUCAGUGGCCAUAAUUGGUAUAUUGUCAAUAAUGGCGGGUUUCCUCACCAAAGGUCUUAUCCUUAAUCCCUUAGGCAACAUUGGCAUCUUUCUUGGCCUUUUUGCUGGUGUCAUAUUUGUUGCCGAUCGGUCAAUCAUUUCACGUAUGAUUCAUAGAGAAGAGAUUGGACAAAUUUACGCAUUUACAUCGGCUCUUGGGGGAUUUGCACCGACAAUUGCGUCAACUUUUUACACCGAAACCUUUAAAGCAACAUUGGACUACAAUCCUGGUCUUGUGUACAUAAUUGCUGGUUUACUAUUGACUUUUCCUUUAGCUAAUUAUAUUUUGCUCAACAUAAACAAGCAGAAAUGGGAUUUAGUUUUGAUUGCUGAAAAGGAAAAGGAAACUCAAAAAAACAAAGUCCAACUUGAUGCACCUGAAAAAUAACGAAACUCAUUCACUUGACCGGACACUCCUCUUACAUUGUUUAUAGCAUUAUUUCAAUGCAAAUUAUACGAAUUAUUAUCAUACAUUAUACGAAACAGAAUUUUUUGAUUGCUCAUUUCGAACCUUGCAAAUAAU